UGUUCCUCGGUCCAGUGGUGUCCUCAUCACUGCUGGUUUCACCAGCAGUCUUCUCUCCCCAGCGCCGGCAUCUUUAGUACCCACUCCCCAGUCUCUGGUCAUCUCCUGUACUAUGUCCGCAGUCUCUGGUCAUCCUCUGUACUAUGUCCGCAGUCUCUGAUCAUCUCCUGUACUAUGUCCGCAGUCUCUGGUAAUCUCCUGUAGUUUGUCCGCAGUCUCUGGUCAUCUACUGUAGUACAUCCACAGUCUCUGGUCAUCUCCUGUACUAUGUCCGCAGUCUCUGGUCAUCUCCUGUACUAUGUCCGCAGUCUCUGGUCAUCUCCUGUACUAUGUCCGCAGUCUCUGGUCAUCUCCUGUACUAUGUCCGCAGUCUCUGGUCAUCUCCUGUACUGUGUCUGCAGUCUCUGGUCAUCUCCUGUACUAUGUCUGCAGUCUCUGGUCAUCUCCUGUAGUACGUCCGCAGUCUCUGGUCAACGCCUGUAGUACGUCCGCAGUC